UGCAACUGUUUGGCGAGGAGGGUUUUUUUUUCUUUUUUUUCUCUCCCUUCUCAGUUUAGUUUACAGUAACGCAGUUUCAAAAUCAUCUUCUGGACAAUGGACAGUCCAGACUUCAACUUGGUCUUGGACUUACCUGAUACAAGUCGCUGCUCAGUGGCAGUCCUGCUGUGAUCCAAACAUGUCCAAAAACCUGAGGCAGAAGAAGAAGAAGAACCACUGGACCAACAGGGUCCAUGAGGUCGUGCUUAGCCGGGACGGAGAGGGGCAGCUCGGGUUCAGCGUUAAGGGAGGCGCGGAGAUCGGCCAGUUUCCACUGCUGGACCUUCACGGCUGCCCGCUAGCCCAGGACGAGCUGCUGCUGGAGGUGAACGACACUCCAGUUGCGGGACUGACCGUCCGAGACGUGCUGGCCGUGGUCAGGCACAGCAAAGACCCCGUCCGCCUCAAAUGUGUCCAGCAAGGAGGUGUUGUGGAUAAGGAUCUAAGGCGCUACCUCAAUCUUCGCUUUCAGAAAGGAUCUCUGGACCACGAGCUCCAGCAGAUCAUCCGGGACAAUCUGUACCUCCGCACCGUGCCCUGUACAACUAGGCAGCCUAAAGAAGGAGAAGUCCCGGGAGUGGACUAUAACUUUGUAUCUGUGGAGCGUUUUAUGGAACUUGAGAGAAGUGGGGCAUUGCUAGAGAGUGGAACAUAUGAAGAUAACUAUUACGGCACGCCAAAGCCUCCGGCGGAGCCCAACGCUCUGCUGCUGAACUUCCCAGGCUCCGCCCCCAACACAGACGGCAAACGCAGACGCAACAAAUCCGUCAGCAACAUGGAGAAGGCAGGGAUUGACCCUCCGGAGGAGGAAGAAGAGGAGAGGCCUGUCGUCAAUGGCAACGGAACCACCAUCACACCAGACUCCAGUGAGCAGGAGGAUAAGAGUACAGAUGCUUCGGGUGAUUUGCCCCCCACAGCUUCAGCCGAGCCUGCCCCAGACGGCCCAAAGGAGGAAAGCGAAGCCUCUAAAUCUCCACCAAAGUCCCCCUCUAAAGCGCUGGAGAAUGUGCAGGACAAAGCACAGGAUUCAGAACUGGGGCCGCUGCCUGAUAACUGGGAGAUGGCCUACACAGAGAAAGGAGAGGUCUACUUUAUAGAUCACAACACUAAGACCACGUCCUGGCUGGACCCUCGAUUAGCCAAGAAAGCGAAGCCUCCAGAGGAGUGUAACGAAGAUGAGCUUCCCUAUGGCUGGGAGAAAAUCGAUGACCCUGUUUACGGCAGCUACUAUGUUGAUCACAUAAACAGACGGACACAGUUUGAAAACCCAGUUCUGGAGGCUAAACGGAGACUACAACAUCACCAGAUGCAAGGCCAAGGCCUGUCCUCUUUGCCCCUGCCCGCUGUAUACAGAGUGGAGGAAGGUGCUUCCUCUGCUACUUUACCUCGGGCUAGGCUGGCUUACGUGGGCCCCGCACCCGAGCGCUCCCAUAGCCUCACCGACCUGUCUGAGGCCCCGCUUUACCGGGCCGGAGUCUUUGGACUGCAUGAAAAGCCCUUGUUUACACGGGACCCCACCCAGUUGAAGGGGAGUUUUCUGUCCACGGCACUGCAGAAAAGCACUAUGGGAUUCGGCUUCACUAUCAUCGGCGGAGAUGAGCCAGAUGAGUUUCUGCAGGUGAAAAGCGUGAUUCCAGACGGGCCUGCUGCGCAGGACAGCAAGAUGGCUACAGGUGAUGUGAUUGUGUACAUCAAUGACGUGUGUGUGCUGGGUACCACCCAUGCAGAUGUGGUGAAGCUCUUUCAGUCCGUCCCCAUCGGCCAGAGCGUAACAUUGGUGCUUUGCCGCGGCUACCCGCUCCCCUAUGACCCAGAGGACGCAGCCAGCAGCAUUAUUUCCCCAUUGGGCCUCAUGGAGCGCCCCCUGCUGGUGAAUGGCCGAAGCAGCUACGACAGUUACAUGGAGUACAUCUCCAGAACGGCCCGUUUUAUGGACCCUCUACAACCGCCUUUGACCCAACAACAUCCAGGAGAUACACACUUGGAUGCUGGACCACUUGAAGAUAGUGUCUCCAUGGCAUCGUCAGGGGCGACUGGAGGAGAGCUGAUAACGGUCACAAUGGUGAAAGGUGCAGACGGGUUUGGCUUUACCAUUGCGGACAGUCAGGGAGGUCAGAGGGUGAAGCAGAUACUGGAGGCGCAGGGCUGCCCAGGGCUGUGUGAAGGUGACCUCAUCGUGGAGGUCAAUCAACAACCUGCGCUCACGCUGUCACACACGCAAGUAGUGGAGCUUCUCAAGGAGUGUCCGGUGGGCGCGGAGGCCAAGCUGUUGGUGCAGAGAGGCGGGGCAGGUCACUUUUCACCUUGGAAGAGCCCUAAGCAGGUUUUGGACCACUGGGACCCUCAGAGCAGUCUUUCUGCUCCUGCCCUCCCCCACAGCGCCCCCUACCUGCACUGGCCCUCAGCUGCAGAGCCCCCCCAGGCCUUUGACCUCAGCAAACCUGACCCCUAUGACCUGUACUCCAAGUCCAGGGCUAUGUAUGAAAGUAGGCAUCCUGGCUUGCCUCGGCCCGGUUAUCCUGCUGACCCCUCAGCCGAGUUCCAAGAGGUGGAGGUGAAUCUGCGGAGAGAGAAAUCAGGAUUUGGUUUCCGGAUCCUGGGCGGAGAGGAGGCGGGACAGCCUGUGAGUCCGGAGGCUCAAGAGAAGAUCUUGAUCGGAGCGAUCAUAGAGAACAGUCCAGCAGAUAAAGACGGCCGGUUGCGUCCCGGAGAUGAGCUGCUCUCUGUGGAUGGCAUCCCUGUGGCAGGGAAACCCCAUCGUUACGUCAUCGAUCUAAUGCACGGGGCAGCCCGCAACGGCCAGGUCAAAAUGACCAUACGGAGGAGAGUGCAGCCUGGAGGUGAGCAGUGUCCUCAGAACGGCCGCAGUCCUGGCUCCAUCUCUACCCAGCACAGCUCGCCCAGGAGCGACUUCAAUUCAGGAACCUUCUCCAACAACUCUGCCCCCACCGAGACGGCAGCCAGUCAGAACCUGCAGGCCAGUGACGUCAUUAUCCAGCGCAAGGAGAGUGAAGGUUUCGGAUUCGUCAUCAUCAGCUCGCUGAACAGGCCGGAAACAGCGGCCACUGCUGCUGUUCCUCAUAAGAUCGGGCGGAUUAUAGAAGGCAGUCCAGCAGAUCGCUGUGGGAAGCUGAAGGUUGGUGACCGUAUUCUGGCGGUGAAUAAUCAGUCCAUUGUCAGCAUGGCUCAUGCAGACAUUGUUAAACUGAUUAAGGAUGCAGGGCUGAGCGUUACACUCCGCAUCAUCACUCAGGAGGAGGCGAACAGUACUCCUUCUGCUGGUAGCUCAGAGAAGCAGAGUCCUCUGGCCCAGGCCAGUCCAGUUACCCAGUCCAUCCAAGCUCCGCCCACUCUGUCCAACAGCGUCCCACCGACUACAACAGCACCUCUACCUAACACAAGUACACAGCUCAGCCCUGCUGCUCAAAGCAGCCCAGCCAAUCACGCCAGCCCUGUGACCCAGCAGACCCCACCCACUCUGGCCGCACCUGUGCAGAUCUACACCCACGAUGGCAGCUACAGGUCAGAGGUAAAAGCUCGGCAGGAUGUGAAGCCGGAUAUUAGGCAGCCGCCUUUUACUGAUUACCGCCAGCCCCCAGUGGAUUAUCGGCACCCUCCUGUAGCAGACUACAGACAUCCUCCGCUGCUGGAGUACAGGCAGCUGUCCACAGACCCCCGCAGCUUCCCCAUACCAGACUACAGACAGCCACAGGAUUUUGAUUUCUUCACAGUGGAGUUGGAGAAAAGUGUUAAGGGCUUUGGUUUCAGUAUCCGAGGAGGUCGGGAGUAUAAGAUGGACCUGUUUGUGCUCCGAUUGGCCGAGGAUGGCCCAGCCAUCCGAAAUGGGAGGAUGAGGGUUGGAGAUCAAAUCAUUGAGAUAAAUGGAGAGAGCACACGGGACAUGACCCAUGCUCGGGCCAUCGAGCUCAUCAAAUCUGGCGGCCGCAGAGUUCGCCUGCUGCUGAAGAGAGGAACAGGGCAGGUCCCUGAGUAUGCAGAUAGCUCCGCCCCCUGGGAUGCUAGGCCUACAGCCUCCCCAAGCCUGUCGGAAGUAGUAACCCCACCCCUGGACAGCUUAAACAACCAAUCGCCUUCAUCUCACGUGAACUCACCAUUAGAUCCAUCUCGCGUUUCACCAAUGGAAGCCCCUGAAAGCUGUCUAGAAGGUCUUAGAGGCCAAGGCCCAGAGCCCCACAGUGCCGGGAGGCGGUCAGGACAGGCCGGGGGGCGAAACAGACCCAGAGAGGGGGGCAGUGGCAGAAGCGGUCGCCAUAGUAAUGGAGGCAAGGGACAUCAGGGGCAUCGGCAGCAGGACUUGGAUGAAAUUACAGGGGCGUCCCGGGAAGCCAAACCAGCCAAAAGCAGCCGGGCGCGAUCCAAGGAGCGGUCCAGUAGCAGUCAGUCAAGAAAACGGGAUGUGCCUAAGUCCCCUAAACCUUCGAGAGUGAAUACUGGCAUUAAUGGAGGCAACAGCAGCAGCCAGGAUGACAAAGCGCAGCUAAAAGAGCCAGAAAAGGUUGCAGGAGAGACCCAGCCCAGCCGUAUCUCCAAGAUGACCAACACCACCACCAGCAACAGCAGCAGUAUGGCAGGCAGAAAAGCUACAGUGUCUCCCGGACCCUGGAAAAUUCCCGGCUCCGACAAACUCCCAAGUAGCCUGCGUUCGGCCACGUCUACCAUCAGCAGAUAACAACCCUCUCUUUAGGGCCUGGGCGAUGAAUCGAUAUUGAUAAUUAUCAAAAUCAACAUACGGUUAGGGAUGCUCUGAUUCGUUUUGAAGAAAGAGGCAGGAAACUCUAUUACACAUCUUAGAGCAUUUUAUUAACUUCUUCGUAGUUAAUAAAACUAUAAACUACUUAUUUCUCAUAAGCACUCCAAAAAAUAGUCCAAAGUACAACACUGUGCUUAUACUAAAAAUGGAGCUAUUUUACCAUAGCAUUUUAAAGUAAUUGGCAGCCUAGUACAUAUUGCUUACAUUCAGUUGGUUUUACUAACUUUAAUGUAAUCACAAUGUGCAGCUGUAUUGCCUAAGAAAACACAGAUCAAUAUUAAAGGGGCAUUCUGGCCUAAAUCUAUAUAAUCAGCAUCAUAUAUUUGAGAGAAUUUCUGACUUUGUAUCCAUUUUGUGUUUUCAUCCAUCAGUUCUAUCUCACAACAAUACCCAGUAUGCAUGCCGGCCUAAGACUAACAUGUAUAAUGUUAUUUGUUAUGUUUUGGAAUAUUCUGUAGCACAGCAUAACAUUCCUCAUCCUCAUUAAGUCAUGACAAAAUUCAUGAUUUUGUAUCCUUUUUGUGUUUUCAUCCUCAGUGUUUUCUGACUGCGAUACCCAGUAAUGUCCGAUGAGGCAGAGGGAUGCAAUGCU